AUGGAUGAUCUCCCCAGGGAUAUCUUAGAAAAUAUACUUUCUGGAUUACCUUUUAAGGAAGCAUUACAUGCCAAACGAGUUUGCACAACUUGGAGAGUGAUCCUCCGCUAUAAAACUGCAAAGCCGGGUAUCUUUUUCGCUUUCUGUCAUGUUGAACAUCGCACAACUUGUAGAGAAGAGCUUUUCUAUGAAGAUGAGCAUAAUCAUUAUGAUAAUGCAAAGAUCAACCACUACUACUCUUACGACACACUUACGAAGAUAGAACACAGUAAGUUUAUUAAAGAAUCCUCCCCGAGAAACACCAUGGUUGGGUCUUGCAAUGGUUUGAUUUGUUUUGGCAAAAAAACUGAAGAUGCUCUGGGGGCAGUUCCUUUUAUAAUCUGUAACCCGUUAACUGGAGAAUCUGUCUUUCUUCCGGAGUAUAAUUACUAUGAGAUGCCUCUGGAUGUACCAAGACCAAGGCUUCCCUUUGGAUGUUUAGCAGGCAUUUAUGCAAAUGGCGCACUUUACUGGUUGCACACAAGUGAUAAUAUGUUAGAAGAUAGUGAGAUUGUAGCCUUUGAUAUGGAAACUUCUCGCACUGACAUAUGGGUAUACAAGAGAAAUAAUAUCAACGGCCGUACUAAUAACGCCAAGAAAGAGUGUAACCUGAAACAAAACUACCACUGCAAAAGUUCGUCACACUGGAAUAAGGAGUUCAAGAUACGCUGGGAAGACUCGUAUCAAAACUUUACACCAUUCGCAAUCACAAGGAACAAUCAAGUUCUAUUGUGGUACCACCUCCACAGACCUUUUGAGACGAGACUGUAUUGCUAUGACCCUAAAACCUCAACCUUAAACGAACUCUGGGAUGAUAAGGCCAAGGGUAUGAACUGUUGGUACAUCGAGGCAAUUCCUCACAUGCAGAGCGUUGUCUCUUUGAAAGAUUUGGGAGAAAAAAAUGUUACUUCUUUGAAAGAUUGUGAAAAACUAUUGUUACAAGUGAAAUGGAAUGGCAAAAAGGCUAUUACGGAAUACCAUUACGAAGUACCUGCUGAUGAACAGCGGAAUAACAACGAUUGA